GCUCCAACUGUGUCCCGCUUUUUUCAACUGCGACGGACUGCGGCACACUUUUUGUCCAAUCACAGGCUGCUUUUCACAGAGGUCGCAUAAACGGGCGAAUGAUAUCGACCCGCUUUAGUCGAGGCGGAACUUCCGGUUGGUGGUAUUAACCAACUGAGGCCUCUCCAUGCGGUUGUGAUCUAUCGGGGCAGUCGAAGCUAACACCGAAACGACAAAUACAAUGGCUGAGAAUGACGUUGACAACGAGCUCCUUGAUUAUGAAGAGGAUGAGGAGCCUCAAGGAGCCCCCGAGAGUGCAACCCCAGCAGGCAAGAAGGAGGUGAAAGGUUCCUAUGUUUCCAUCCACAGCUCUGGUUUCAGGGAUUUUCUUCUGAAGCCGGAGCUUCUCCGCGCCAUCAUUGACUGUGGUUUUGAGCAUCCAUCUGAAGUGCAGCAUGAAUGCAUCCCACAAGCUAUCCUGGGCAUGGACAUCCUGUGCCAAGCCAAAUCUGGUAUGGGCAAGACGGCUGUGUUUGUGUUGGCCACCCUGCAACAGAUCGAACCCGUUGACGGACAGGUGUCUGUAUUAGUCAUGUGUCACACACGAGAGCUGGCCUUCCAGAUCAGCAAAGAGUACGAGCGUUUCUCCAAGUACAUGCCCACCAUAAAAGCAGCCGUAUUCUUUGGUGGCCUGCCUAUCAAGAAAGACGAGGACGUCCUGAAGAAGAACUGCCCUCACAUCGUUGUCGGAACUCCCGGCCGUAUCCUCGCCCUGAUCCGGAACAAGACGCUCAGUCUGAAGAACGUCAAGCAUUUUGUCCUGGACGAGUGUGACAAAAUGCUGGAGCAGCUAGACAUGAGGCGUGAUGUUCAGGACAUCUUCCGGAUCACACCGCAUGAGAAGCAGGUCAUGAUGUUCAGUGCAACACUGAGUAAGGAAAUCCGUCCAGUGUGCCGCAAGUUCAUGCAAGAUCCCAUGGAGGUGUUUGUGGAUGACGAGACCAAACUUACACUCCACGGUCUGCAACAGUACUACUGCAAGCUGAAGGACAGCGAGAAAAACCGCAAGCUAUUUGACCUGCUUGAUGUGUUGGAGUUCAAUCAGGUGGUGAUCUUCGUCAAGUCAGUUCAGCGCUGCGUCGCUCUGUCCCAGCUACUGGUGGAGCAAAAUUUCCCUGCCAUUGCCAUCCACAGGGGAAUGGUUCAGGAGGAAAGGCUGUCUCGCUAUCAGCAAUUCAAAGACUUCCAGCGGCGGAUCCUGGUGGCCACAAACCUGUUUGGCCGAGGGAUGGACAUUGAGCGAGUGAAUAUCGUCUUCAACUACGACAUGCCAGAAGAUUCUGACACCUAUUUGCACAGGGUUGCCCGUGCUGGUAGGUUUGGGACCAAAGGUCUGGCUAUAACCUUUGUGUCAGACGAGACUGAUGCCAAGACUCUAAACGAUGUGCAGGACCGCUUUGAAGUCAAUGUGGCCGAGCUGCCAGAUGAGAUUGACAUCUCAUCUUACAUCGAGCAGUCCAGAUGAGUCCCCGGCCAAACGGCAGUCUGCUCUUCGUGGAUCUCGUCUUGUAUUUGGAAGUAGACGUACUUCACCAUUGAUUUGAAAGCUCUGCCUUUCCUCUGUUCACCAAACGUUUAUUUUUAUUGUCAGUUUUUAGGGGGGUUUGGUUUUAAUUUGUCUUUGUUUUGUUUAAUGGAAUUAAAACUUUUUAUAAAAUGUCAUUUUACUGUUGUGGUCACUUAUGAGGAUGCUGUCUCUGCUCAGUUUUCAUUGGUUUCAGUCUCGGCAGCGACAGAGCUUCAGGGAAACUUUCAGAGGAACAUGUGAUAGGAGUCUGUGCUUUUUCUUUAUGUCCAAGCAAGAUUUGUAUAGGAGAUGUUUUGUUUUCCUUCCCAGUACAAAAAAAGUGGCUGUUUGGCUGGUAAUCAAAAAGUUGUAAAGACACAAAUUUGGCUCAUAUGGCAGCUCUUUCUAUGGAUUUUUAACUGAAUAUCCUCCAAUAAAUGAAGUCACCACAUGAA